GUAGAUACUUUAAAACUUUCCUGCAAUAAUAUAUAAACGGCAUUAAAGAAAAUAAAUUCCUUUGUUUUUCUAACUUCUUAUGUGAAAAUGGAUUGUGAAUGUGCUAACCUCCACGUCAAAUUGAAAUUUGAUUGGGCCACGUCCAACUCCCCUGCCAACAAUUAUUUAAAACGCUUCCUUUCCUGAUCAUUUGUGUAGACAAACCACAAUGGAUUCUAACUUUGUACAAUUGUUUGCUAAUUCUUUAAGUACUAUAACAAUAGCAUCAUGUUUAUUUUUAAAAGUCCCUCAAAUAAUGCACAUAAAAAAGAAACAGUCUGGGGAAGGUAUAUACAUACAAGCAAUGUUAAUGGAAAUUAUUGGGUUUUCCAUAGUGACUCUCUAUAACUUUACCAGUAAGUAUAGUGUAAUGACUUAUCUGGAGUACCCAAUAAUAUUGAUGCAAGUUUAUAUAAUGCUCUAUUAUGUAUUAAAAUUUAAUGGCAUCAUAUCAAAACCUUUUGUGUCUCUUGGAGCAUUGGUGUAUUUUGCUGCAGUAAUUGGAUUUGGUCUUGAAAUCUUACCAAAAGAAAUGCUUUCGUAUUCUAUUCCCUUCUGUACACCUAUAAAUGGGUUUGCUAAAAUUACUUACAUGUAUGGCAUAAUAAAAUCUGCUAAUGCAAAUGCUGUUUCAACUACUACGUGGAUAAUAUCAGUCUUAACUAAUGUGGCCCGCUUGUUCACGGUGUAUGUUGACUCAGCAGACGUCAAGUUGAUGAUCAAUUUCCUUGUUUCUACUGUGCUGAGUUUUGGAGUACUAUCAACUGCUCUGUACUACAAAUCUGGUGCUAGCAAUGUUGAUACAAAAAAGGAUAUUAAGAAAAGUAACAGCCAUCAACAUAAGGAUUAACAAUUACUAUUACUUAGAAUCUACUUCGAAUAACACUUGCAAUUGCACAACUUUUAAUUCUUAAUAUAAAUAUAAUGGUGCCAUGCCACUUAACAGAUGUGAUGUGAGGAAGUUUCAUACAAAAUGCUUAAAUUUUUAAAUAUUUGUAAUCAUAUAGGGCUUUUAUAUGCUAGCGUCUAGGUCGUACUUAGUACUUGCUGCUGUAUCUUCUUUAAAAUGAAAUACAAGUUAGAAUAAUUCAAACAUUUUUACAGAAUGUAAUAUCACAAACCAUUAAAGUACAAAUUUUUAAAUAUACAGUUUUAUUAUUAUGAAAUAUAUAAUUAAGGAAGAACAUGUAUCUUUUUUUGAGAUAUAAGUUGUUGCGGGAAUGGUAAUAGACGUCACACAGCAUUAACAUGAAAUAGUGCAAGUUUGAUGUGAACUAAAAAAGAAUGAAGUGUUCCAAUUGAAAUAUAUAUUGCAGAAAUUAAAACGACAAAUUCGAUUACACAAUGAAGACUUUAAUUGCUGGUUUUCCAACAAUUUAAAUAUCAAAUUGCUAUAGUAAACUCAUGCUCAUUGAAUAGUGGGACAUUUGCAUCUAUAGAGAUAGUUUUCCUUAAUUCUAUACUUCAUAAUUAAUGUGAUUUUAUACUCAAGUUUAUAUUGAUGCAUCUGUUUUUGAUAUUAAUUAUAUACAUGAAGUCGCGUACCUAGUCAAUUCAAAUGAAUCAUCUUGUGAGAUCUGAUUAUAUAAUUGUGAAUAGUGUUUAAGGCUUGAUUGAAUAUUCUAUUGUAAUAUUAAUAUUAUUAUAUUGUUACAUAUACAGUGCCAUGUAUGGCUGUUGACAAAUAGUUGUUACAUUGUAACUUAUAUAUUAUAAUCUCUAUUAAACAUUAUCAUCUGAAAA